AUGUCCAUAGGUGGAUAUAAAAACUUCUCAAAUGAUAUACGGGCGCUACAGAACAGCUUGCAGGACAUAGAAGAUGCUCUCGUCUCGAAUACUAUUCCCACGUCAGAAAAUGAAUUGAGUCAGCUUAUUAGCUCUUGCGAAAACGCGUUGAACGAGCUAUCAAGUCGCGUUGACAAAUUUAAUUGUCUUCCUCUUCAGUCCCAACGCACUUGGGAUAGAUUGAGCUGGGGCCAGGACGGCGAAAGCAAACUAAGGGAUCAACUUAGCAGUCUUCCACAAGAGCUAGGAGCAUUUUACAAACGCUUACGAGAGUCACCAAGUGCUCAGAUUGAUCGUGCAUUACAAUUGCUCGUGAAAGAGGUUUCAAACGGGCGACACGAAACGUCAACAACGACCUCGCUCAGUACCGCAGCCGCGAACCGUGAUGAUCAAGCCAGAUGGGAGCAACUGAUCCAUGACCUUGGUGAUCUAGGCAUCGAGGAGAAGAUGGUAGUCGAGCACAAAGAUUUCAUAGUUGAUUGGAUCCUAAAAGCUAUCAAUGAUGGUGUGCUUACAGGCGAAAAGAUGCCCACAGAAGCGGAGUCCAUAUUACGAUCGCUUUCACCACCACUUGAAUCACUAGAAUCGCUAUCCCCAACCUUGGAAUCGUUACCAAAUCAGUCUCUAGAUCGUCAAUCAACUCCGUCGCCAUCGAUUGUAUCUUCAAAAACAACAAUACAUGCGAGCACCACGCCUCCUGUAUACGUCCAACUGAAAACAGCUCUCCCUUCAAAGGUGGACAUCCCACCCCGACCAAACAUGAGUGCAUCUCCACCUCGGCCCGUUUCAAUUAUUAGUUCUAAUCAGUUUUCCUCUACUACCAUGCAUGGGCCUCCGCCACCGCCUAAUACGGAUUCUACCGGAAGCAACAUCCAAAAAAAUGCCGAGAUGAUUUGCUUUCAUUGGAAUGGUCGAGAAUGGAAACAUGCUCAAGAGAGCCUCAAGGCCCAGAUAGCAUGUGUAGAACGGGGUGAGACUAUCCACAUAUCUGGGGUUCCGCAACAACCAAACGUUCGAAUCCUGCGAUAUCUCCUUGGGAUAUCAUACAGCCUAUCCGGCGACUACAUUACUGCACGAGAUAUAUUUGAAUCUAUUCUUUUGGAGGCAAACAUUCAGCAACUUGCUUUCGACGACGGUGAUAUAGCGGCAGCAAGAUGGCUUGGUGAAACGUGCAUAAUGUUGAAUCAACUGGUCAAUGCUUCAUUAGCUUGGGCAAUCUCAUACUACGGAACUCUCUUCAAGAAUCCUCCUCAGCCUCCGGGAAAUCACAGAGACAAGUACAUGCUUGAGGACUUGCGACUCCUAAAUUCCAAAACUGGCGGCCUGCACUCUCUUAAGAGUGCCUUCACGAAGACCAAUCGAGACGCAAGUUCUAUUCUCGUCGGCGUUUCUGCAAGCCUCAAGUUUCAACUCGUCAGCACCGUCCUGGAAGUUAUCUCACAGUAUGACAAGCCAGGACACACCACUCGUCGAUUACCACCAAUCAUUUCUAUUGCAGAAGGAUUUCUGACACAACCACUUGUGGCAAACCAAUCGUGGCCCUUGCCACAAGAUCCAUUCUUUCGUGUGGACAGUUCAAUCGACCUUCUUUACGCGCUCAGUCGGCCACAUGCGCCAAUAAACACAACUGCAAUAUCAACUAUUUCGCUUGGUAAAUCAAAGAGCUUGAUCUACGUAACCCGAAAUUCUAUCAACUGGCUUGUGGAGGCAAUUCGCUUUGCACUGAACUCGCUGGCCAUUGAAUGGAAGAUUUACUCCUCGGAGUAUCUGCUUCGAUUCAGUCAAACACAUGAACAUAUAGCAUACUAUGACUGUUUCGCUAUACGGUUUCACAAGUUAAGUUUUCGCAACCUCUAUGGGUUCAAGCUGAAUGGAACUACGUAUUCUACGCGGCAAUUCACACACACAACUACUGCAAACCAACUCGACGAGAACGCAAGGAAAGAGAUAUUGAGGGCUGAACUCGCAGCGAAGCUACAAAAAUAUGUCAAACAGGCUGAGAUUGACUACGCAAAGGGGAAGUGGCCACCCAAAGAAGCGGCCCCCCCUCGUUCUCCCCGCCUUUCUCCACGUAGAACGGCGAUCGAAAUGGACUCUGAAAAUGUGCCACGUAGUGAAUUGGCCGACCAAAACGAGCCAGUUCAUGAACUAAUGAGCUAUGAGAUUGCAGAGCUUCCUGGAUGA